AGGUCAAGGUGCAAACCUUAACCAAAAAAAUAAAAUGACAGCAGACGUGGAGCGACUCCUUAUCCAGUUCAAAGAUGAGGCCGGUGAAGCCUUGGGCUCUCCCUUUGAUGUGCCCAUCAACAUCACGCCAGAGAAGCUUCAGCUCGUCUGCAACGCCCUCCUGGAGAAGGAGGAGCCGCUGCCCCUGGCUUUCUAUGUGCGAGACUCUGAGAUCGUGGCCUCCCUGCAGCAGACGUUGGCAGGCCAGACCCUGGAGACGGAGAAGGUGGUGGAGAUCGUCUACCAGCCGCAGGCUGUGUUCAAAGUCCGCGCCGUCACCCGCUGCACCAGUUCUUUGGAGGGGCACAGCGAGGCUGUCAUCUCAGUCGCCUUCAGUCCCACUGGGAAGUACCUCGCCAGUGGCUCCGGGGACACAACCGUGCGCUUCUGGGACCUCAACACAGAGACCCCACACUUCACGGCCAAGGGUCACCGUCACUGGGUGCUCAGCAUAGCCUGGUCUCCUGAUGGCAGGAAAUUGGCGUCUGGGUGCAAAAACUGCCAGAUAUUUCUCUGGGAUCCCGAGACGGGGAACCAGAUCGGACGGGUCCUAGUGGGGCACUCCAAAUGGAUUACUUCUCUCUGCUGGGAGCCUCUACAUCUGAACCCGGAAUGCCGCUACCUGGCCAGCUCCUCCAAAGACGGCAGCGUCCGCAUCUGGGACACAGUCGCAGGCCGGUGCGACAAGAUCCUGACGGGCCACACGCAGUCGGUGACCUGCGUCAAGUGGGGCGGGGACAACUUGCUGUACUCCUCGUCUCAGGAUCGGACCAUCAAGGUCUGGAGGCCCCUGGAUGGAGUCCUCUGCCGCACACUUCAGGGUCACGCGCACUGGGUGAACACUAUGGCCCUCAGCACAGACUAUGUUCUCCGCACUGGGGCUUUUGAGCCGGCCGAGGCCUCCAUCAACCCCCAGGACGUCAGCGGAUCCCUGGCAGAGAUAAAGCAGAAAGCACAGCAGAGGUACAGCCAAGUCAGGGGCACGGGGCUUGAAAGGCUCGUCUCCGGGUCGGAUGACUUCACGCUGUUCCUCUGGGCGCCUGCAGAGGACAAAAAGCCUUUGGGGAGAAUGACCGGCCACCAGGCGUUGAUCAACCAAGUCCUUUUCUCUCCCGACACACGGAUCAUUGCCAGUGCGUCCUUCGACAAGUCCGUCAAGCUGUGGGAUGGCAAAACGGGCAAGUACCUCACCUCCCUGCGGGGACAUGUAUCAGCCGUGUACCAGAUCGCGUGGUCAGCCGACAGCCGCCUGCUGGUCAGCGGGAGCAGCGACAGCACGCUCAAGGUCUGGGACGUCAAGACACAGAAACUGGCUGUCGACCUUCCUGGCCACGCAGACGAGGUGUUUGCGGUGGACUGGAGUCCUGACGGACAACGGGUAGCGAGCGGUGGGAAGGACAAAUGUCUGAGGAUAUGGAGACGAUAGCUGUGAGGAAAGGACUGUCACAAAUGGAGCCCAUCCGCUUGGCAGUUUCCACCCCUGGCGCAGGCUGCGGCCUGCCAGCCUUCCAUUUUCAGGAGGGCUACUUGAAUCAAGACUGUUCUCUCUUUUUGGAUCCAGAUAAAGGAGUCCUCUCCUCUCUUGUCAGCUUCUGGGCUACUUGAUGCCUCUUGCUAAGUUGUUGCUGCUCACAGUUGUCUAAAACCUACACACACACACACCCUGCCAGUAUUCCCUGAUGAGAGCAGGCGCAGUCUAGAAGUCGAAUCGGAAGCAAUCCAGAAGGUCCUGAGUUCGAAUCUCCCCAUUUUAGCCAUGGAUUCACAAUGUGUCGUUAGGCCAGCAUCGGCCCACCGCCACCACCCCACCAUGCCCUGAGAAAGUGAUGAUAAUCUUAUUUCUUCCCCUAAUCACAAACCUGGGUGCUGAGUGCCGAAAUGACGCUUCCAUUGAGGAGCAAGAGAGGAGGUUUGAGCACUGAUAGAACCCCCGAGGUUCAGAGAAAUGAUAAAUAAAUCAAUAUAUCUCUCUUUUAAGCGGUUUGCAGUUUACCUUAAAAUGCCAAACAGUCUGUAUUUUCAAAGCACCAGUGUAAAACAUCAGAAACGAAAAUCGGGAAGCACAACAAAGUUCCCGGUUUAAAGUAGCAUAAUUAGCAGGAAAACAACAUAUAUGUGCGAAAAAGAAGCCCAUUACAAAUAAGAAUCAAAUGCAAAAAAAAUAUUCCAUUAGUAAAGCAUCAUUAGCAGCUAAACAAAAAUAAUGGUUUGUAUUAAGUUUAACUUGGGGCAGACACAUUGAAAUUCGACUUGUGGUACCCAGGUCCAUUAUUUUAUGUGGAUCUCGGAGUUGGACCAGCUCAAAUGUUUACCAGUGCGUGAGUCACAGUGGUCAAGGGGAGGAAGUUAACAUUCCAUAAGAAACCUUGGAUUUAUUUGUUUACCAAAGACACUAGUCCCUUUGAGGUCAGGGCAAGCGUGCCACGGCCUUCCUCCCCCUUUCUCUUCUAAUAUCAUUUGUCUUCAUCCAGCUGCCUCGGAGGCCUGUGCCCAGGGAGAAAGGCAGCCUAUAAAUAUUUUAAAUAAAUAGCUUUUGACAGCCAA